AGCGGAGCCUCUCUUCUCUCCGCAUCCCGCGGGAGGCGAGGAGUCGCGUCGCCACGCGACGCACAGAGGCUGCUGCUGCUGCCGAGAAGCCGAAGCGGGCGCCCGCCGCCCCGUCCGCCUGGCGGGGCCUCCUCGGAGGAGCUGGGCCCCGUCGCGGCCCUUCCCCUGCCCUCCCGCAGGACCAUGGCCCGGAGCGGCUGUGGCCCUGGCUGCAGCCUUCCGCAGCCCCCUGCCUUCCGCUGCCUGGACCUGUUCUUCGCCCUGGUGGGCACCCUCGCCUUCCUGCUGGACUUGGGGGCCGAUCUGUGGGUGGCUGCCAACUACCUGCGAGCUGGCCACUUCCACUGGGGUGGGCUGGUGCUGGGACUCUUGCUCCUCUCCUCCCUGACCACCCAGUUCUUCAGUUGGGCUUGGUUCCGGAGUGACUCUGAGAAGGAGGGCCUCCCACAGCCCUCCCCCUGGACCUCGAAGCUGCUCCAUGCCCUACAGCUUGGCUACCUGUACAGGUGUCUCUGUGUCCUGAAGGUGGGUUUCCAGGCAUGCAAGAUGGAAGAAGCAACAGCAGACCAUCAGGCCUUUGCCAUUUUCCUGUCACACGACGUCAGCCUGUUGCGCCUCUUCGAGUCCUUUCUGGAAAGUGCACCUCAGCUCAUCCUGGUGAUCUACGUCAUCCUACGCACCAAUCAAGCUGAGAUAUUUCAGGUACUUGGGAUUUGCACAUCUUUUCUGUGUAUCACCUGGGCCCUCUUGGAUUACCACCAGACCCUGCGCAGCUUCCUGCGGGACAAGCACAAGCUGGCCUUCUUGUCUUCGGUCCUCUACUUCCUGUGGAACUUCUUGCUGAUGUGCCCUCGCAUCCUAUCCUUGGCACUCUUUGCAGUGGUCUUCCCAGGCUACAUUUUCCUCCACUUCCUGGGCAUCUGGUUGGUCAUGUUUCUCUGGGUCUCCUUGCAAGGGACAGACUUAAUGGAACAUGCCACCUUUGAGUGGUUUUAUCGAGCUACGGUGGCGGUCAUCCUCUAUUUCUGCUGGUUCAAUGUGGCUGAGGGGAAAACACGUCACCGCUCAACUAUUUACCACACUUUCCUGUUGCUGGACAGCACCAUCCUUGUGGUUCCUUGGUUCUGGUACAGCAUUCCCUCAAGCUGGGAUUCCCACGUGGGCCCUGUGCUCCUGGCUGCCCUGCUCUGUUAUGCCUUUGGCAUCUUCUUGAAAGGCAUCUACUACCAGUGUUUUCACCCCACUGUGAAAACUGUACCCCUUGGGGAUUAUGAUGAAGUGGACCACAGCGAGCCUGGGAACGGAGAUGUUGUGUUCCGGCAAAUGGUUAUAGAACCCGUCAUCAACCAUCGGACAUACAGACUCUCUCAGAAUUUCUUUGCUGGCUCUUCGGCAGAAACUCAGUACCAAAGGAAUGGGACUGUCAGGGAUAUAUAUCUGUGAGCCAUGCUAUUCAUGCCCGGGGGCGCCAAGGCAAGACUAUAGUUGAGUUAGAUUCAGAAAACAUUUGUACCAGUUGCCUGCUGAAUCCAUGCCUAUACUUCUUUCAGGAUUAGCCACAUAAGCUAAGCCAAGUAAGCUAGGAAGGACAUUUUUAAGCACAAGGUGGAUGUUACCACGUAGGUUGACUGCAUCUUUGGUUCAAUCAUGGCAAAAUGCCAUUCUCAGCUUUUCCUGCUGCCUAUUUUGCAAAUCUGCCUAAGGUAGCUUUUCUCUAGCUGCUUCCUCUCACCGGUUGUGUUGGAUGACAGUGUUCAUCAUUCCCAGCCAGCAUGGAGAUGAUUGUAAGCAGCACCCAAUUAGAGAUCCCUAGGGUGGAAAUAUUCAGAAAAAAAGCAUUAAUAUUUCUUUCCCUGAUUUUUUCUGGAUUUGUUUCCUGCAGGUCUUCACAUGUUCAUAUUCAUUUCAUUUGGAGGUCACCAGAUCAGGGACAGCUGUUUGUGAAUCAAAGAAAGAGGAGACACGAAAGGCUUAUGUUCUGGAGUUUGACUUCCAGCAGGGCUGAUGGAUUCAAGUCUCAUCAGUCAGAAGCAACAGCCUUGUUAUUAGUUAAGGAUGAGAUUGUGCCAGCUGUCCUCUUGAUGGGAUUCUUUAGUAGAGAGGUGAGGACUCUGUAACAACAUCAGCAGGUAUGGCCAAAUAUAGCCAAAGGUGAAGAAUGCUGGGAAAUGUAGUUAGCAAGUCUGAUAGUCCAUAGGUACACCAUUAUUGCUUUCGAUGUCUCUAAAUCUGGAUUCUAUGACUUGCACCAAGUUGUGGGUCGCAGUACUUUUCAAUUCUAGUGCACUUUUCAAACUUUUCCUUUAAAUUCAGGCCUUCACUUCACUGUACUUGACUGCCCCCUGCCUGUGUUCAGUUAUCAUGCUACACCAGGAAAAAUUAGUUGAAAUGACCCUUGGUCACAUGCUUUCCCUUUUCUUUGAUGUGGCUACCAGAGGGGCUCCAAGCUGUCACUUCUAUUUUUAGCUAGUUCUUGUCAUAGUGUCUGAAUAUGACUCAUGGUUUAUAUGGAUGUCAUAGUUCAUCUGGAAAAACACACACUCCUCAAAGCAUAAGCUAUGAAACUGGCUUGUUUUAACAUACCACUGUAAAGAUGAACCAUAGUUUAGAAUUUGGAUGUAGUGCUAAACUAUAAUUCAUGGUGUUGAGACUUUUCCUGUCUCAUUGAGAUGAGGGAGUUGGUAAAUCUGGUAGCUCAUUGCAGUAAACUGUGGUUUGGUACUGGGACUGAUGGAAGUAGAAUUCCAAAAUACCUGGAGGACGCUAGGUUGACUUUCCUUUAGUGCAGCAUCUGAACGAGCUAGAGUUGUUUCAGCCCUUCCACAGUCCUGCUUGGUCUUGGCCAUGGGCGGCCAAGUAGUUUAUAUUUCAAGAGACUUGAGAGGCCAAUCCUUGUUCCAAUUUUCAGGUUAUCCUGAAGUGAGGCUUGGAAAACAUGCCUAACACUUCUUUCUGGAUUUGGCUCUCCUCCCAUCCUUAUGUAGCUAAUUUAAAAUACUAUCAGUUACCUAAGUGUUUUCAUAACUGUUCGGGCCGAUUGGAAUAAGCAAAAAUGUGUAUGGCAUUGAUAUGUAUAUUCAACUUAUUCUAGCUUCCAAUGCAGAAGGUUGCAAGUUGGAGUGGCGGAGCAGCAAAGGGGUGGGAAAGGAUCUACUGUUCCUAAGCAUUCAAACACACACACACAAACACACACAUUUCAAAAAAGCCCCCACCUGCUUUUCACUAGAGAAGAUGGAAUAGUGGAUACCCUAGUCUUAACUUCUCUCUCUCCUUUCACUAAACUGUCUCCCAGUUUAUUUUUCAUUUACAGUAAUAACAAAUUCAGUGGGAACUCA